UCGGUCAUUCCAACCAACGGAUUCAGUCAACAGACGAGAAGCGACUUUGUGUGCACGCAGCGGUUUCAUGGCAAAAGCCAUUUUGCAUCUUCUAGCAGCAGUUAGCGUUACUGCAUCUGUGCUCACUUCGUCAAAUUCGGUCGCUACCGAAUGUCCACCGUGCAUCAAGAGCCCUGGGUCGGCCGUCUGUGUGUGCAAAAUUGGAAGAUGGGAGUACCAGAAAGGCGAAGCGAUGCUGUUGAGUGAAUACGACGAACAAGAUUCGCUGCUCAGUGAAAUCGACUGCAUGUGUGGGCAUGAAAGACAACGCGUUGACAAGCAAAGUAACAUUGUGAGAAAUCGCGGGGGAGGAGAUGAUCACAUUCGUCGUCGUCGUCAAAGAGCUCGUUCUCCUGAGCUUUGUCAACCAAGUCGUACCAAGGUGACUGUUGGAAACUCUGACAAUCCUGGGGAAGCAAUUGGAAAGGCAGACAUCUGCUUUGUAGUGGAUGAAUCAGGCUCAAUGACACAGGAACAUGAUUGGCUCAACACCACUAUCCAACAACUAGAUAAUGCUCUGAGAGCCAAAAGAAUAGAAGUUCGUUAUUGCCUUGUAGGUUAUGGGACAAGUAACCGUCUGCUAGGAGAAUUUCUUGUUAAAGGUGGUGCAGAUGACAUCAUAAAAGUUGUAGCUGAUCUCACAAACACUGGACAACUGGAGGAUGGAUACAGUGCCAUGUAUAAAGUGUUUAACAAUAGCGGGAAUUUCACAUUUGACCGUGAUGCUAAAAAAGUCAUCAUAUUAAUUUCAGAUGAGAAUCGAGAUGACCUUGAUCAUAGAUUGCCAGACCAAAUCAACCUUAACUAUGACAACAUGCUUAAAUAUUUCAUAGACAAUGAUGUUACUCUGAAUGUUGUGGUCAACCAGUAUUUCAAAGACAUCAUCAUCAACACAUUGACAGACCUAGACGAGUAUGUGUUGGGCAUGGAUUACCAGAAUCAAUCAUAUUCACAAGCAGUCGAGUCUUCAUCGUCUCGUCGUUACAGCAUUGGUGAACCUGGCAAUGCAUAUGCUGUGGAGGAUGGAGGGCACGAAAGUACCUUGGAAGACUACGUUAAGUUGGCAUUGCAAACAAAUGGGUCAGCUUGGGAUCUACAGCAGCUAAAAGAUGCUUCUAAGGAACAAGUGGAGGCUUUCAUAGAUGCAUUCGUUGAUGUUAAAGUUGAAGAAAUAGCACCCAACCAGACCGUAUGCCGAGUGUGUGAAUGUCCAGAUCAGAGGGGACAGCCUGUCUGUACCUUGAACAAGACAGUACCACUAGAUCAAUGCACCAAUGUAUGCAUUAUUGAUGGGAUGAAAGUGCCAGAAGGAGAACGAGAGUACAAGUAUAUCACACCUACGCAUUCCGGUGUUUCAAAACGUUCUGACGCGAAUAACAAACAUUUUCCUCAGGCUGUUGAGAUUAUUUUUGUAAUUGAUGAAAGUGGGUCAAUGGAAGGCGAUCAAAGUUGGUUUACCAGAGACUUUAUUAAUCGAACGAACACUCUCCUAAAAGAUAGAUAUGGAAUUGGAAUGUCCAAACCAAACAAAUUUGGAUUGUUAGUGUUUGCAAGCUAUAAUCGAAAACCAGAUGACAUGGGGAAGUUGAUUGUGGAACGAGUUGUUGCUGAAGAGUUUAGUUACAUCGAGUUUCAUCACAAUGGAAAGAUAGAAGAUGGAUAUGAGGCAAUUAAAAUAGCAGCACGUGAACUCAAAGAACAUAAUGAUGCAAAAAAAUUAAUAGUUUUGGUCACAGAUGAAGACAGAGACAAUGCGAAUGCAACUCUCACAAAAGAAUUACUGAAAAAUACACUAAUAGAUAACAAUAUUUCACUUGAUGUGGUGGUUAACAACGUAUUUGAGUCAGCAGAUGGUAGGGAAGCUGUCGGUGUUGGACCAUCAGGUGAAGAGUAUCCAGCAUUUAUUCUUCAUCACGGUGAUGACCCACUGCCAACAAAAGGACAGAGUGUAAAAGACAGUGCACAUGGCACUACUCUCUAUGACUAUGUUGAAAUGGCAUGGAAUCUUUGUGGAGUGGCAUGGGACAUAAACAUGGUGAAACGGCUUGAGCAACCGGGACAAGGAGAAAAUUUCGAAAUGGAUUUUGCAGAGUAUUUCAGCAAGAGAAUCCAUGAUGUCCGAUGCCUUAUCCAACCCUCUGAACCUAAGUCUUGUGCAUGGUGGUCAUGUAGAUCAGCUUUCCCAUUGCAUGCAUGCCAAGGAAUGAUAAGUGAUGACAACAUAGAAGAUAUUACAAAAGAGACGUGUGCAUCUGGUAUGUAUGAUCUUGAGUUUGAGACUUGUACAACACUGCCACCCACUACAAUUCCAAUGCCACAAAUACCAAACACUCCCACUGGAAACUCGUUUACCGUUGAUGAACUCAAUUUUGCAGAACCAACGACACAAGAGUUUGAUGUAAGAAAUUUAUUACAAGGACCUGCAGAACUUUUGCAAGUUGUUCCUGAUGAUCCCAUAAAUACACGGAAGGAGAGUCAACCACAUGGUCAAAAUCGUAACCCAGAGUGGAACAAGGUCUGUGCAAAAGGAGCAGUCGAGUUGUCUUCAACAUCAAAACUGAGUUUCCGAAAAGACAUUUUCCAAAGAUCUAGAAAACACGUAGUGACAUUCUGCUUCAAAACUACAAAUUCUGAUGGCGUUUUGCUAUGGAUGAGACAGAGACUACCAGAGCCAGCACACAUUCUCAUUCAAGUAAAGAGUGAAAAAGUUCAAGCAAGGGUUGACUUGGGUUCUGGAAAUGAAGUUGAAGUCUUAACGCAUGACCUAGUGGUUAGUGAUGGUCAGUGGCAUAAAGUUAUGUUCAGGAGAAAGGGCAACAGAAUAGAGCUUCGAUUGGAUGGCAAUAGAAGGCCUAAAUUAAUUGCUGGUGAACGAUAUGACCGAAGCUUAACCUUUGAAGCCAACAACAAGUGGUAUCUCGGUAUGGCCAACACUGACAACAUUAGUGAUGUGGCUGCUCCACUGACCGGCUGCAUCAGCAAUGUGAGAGUGAACAAGAAAAAGAUCAAGCUACAGGCAGAAGCCAUCGAAAAAGUUGAUGUUUUCACCUGUGAAUCAUCUCCAUAACUCUUUCUCUUAAUUUGGAUCGGUCUUGCUGACUGAGAUGGCCUGCGUUAUUCGAAUAACAUUCAUAUGUUGUAGUAGCAAGUUCAUGGUUGUUUGCUGGUUUAUGUAUUAGUCCUAACGUAUUAUUAGUCUUGUUACGAUUGAUA